AUGUUUCUCCAGCGAGUUACCGGUUCGGGGGUUCUCCGACAAUUUCAUGUCAACAAUGUUUUCGCUGGUCCUACUCGCGUGAUGGGUGUGCAAAAUCAACUCCGUCAACUAUUUCUCUCAGCGCGACCUGUCGCAAAAAUCCCAUUAAAUGGAUCGCGUAUUGUCGCUCUUCAACACAGUCAUUCGUAUCGAACGAAGGCCGAGACCAGCGAAGACAAGCCUAAGAAGGCUCCCAAUAAGAAGGCCGCCGCCAAGAAGCCAACAAAGCCAUUGGUCAAGAAGCCAUUGACUGAAAAGCAAAAAGAGAAGCAAAAGGAGACCAAGAAGAAGCAAAAGGCUCGAGCAGAACUAGCCGAGCUUAAAAAGACUGCGUUGGAGCCGCCAACCAAGCUGCCAAAGACUACCUGGCGAGUUGCUUUCCGGGAAAUGUUCCCCCAAUCCAAGGGCGAAACCAACUCUGAAAAUUUUGCUCUCACCAUUGCCGCUGUCAAAAACCUUAGUGAUGCAGAGUUAGAGCCCUUCCGAGAACAAGCCGAGAAAAACAGGGCGACCAACGAGUCUGAGCUAUCCUCCUGGCUGAAGACUUUCACUCCCAAGCAGAUCCUAGAUGCUAACAAAGCUCGACUUGCCCUUACUCGCCUGACAGGCAAAAGGUGGCCGGCUCUUAGCGAUGACCGACUGGUGAAGAACGUGCGGCCCUCAUACUUCCUCUUUAUGCAAGAUCACGCGAACGAAUACCCUGGACAACCCGUGACUCAAGUCACUACUUUACUUAGUCAAGUAUGGAAGGGUUUGUCUGACGCAGAGAAAGAGCCAUACAUCCAAAAGGCAAAUGAAGAUAAAGCUCGAUACAUUCGCGAGUACAAGGAGGUGUAUGGCGUGGACGCUCCGGUUGUCGAACGCAGCAAAUCCAGCGCUUAA